UUGAGAAAUUAAGGAUAUAUGGCUCGUGGUAAGAUUCAGAUAAAGAGGAUAGAGAACCAGACGAACAGGCAGGUGACGUAUUCUAAGAGGAGAAAUGGGCUGUUCAAGAAAGCACACGAACUCAGUGUUCUUUGUGAUGCAAAGGUUUCCAUUAUCAUGAUCUCCACCACUCACAAGCUCCAUGAGUACAUCACCCCCACCGUCACGACAAAGCAGGUGAUCGAUCAGUAUCAGAAAGUCGUUGGAGUUGAUCUUUGGAACACACACUAUGAGAAAAUGCAAGAGCACCUGAAGAAAUUGAAGGAGGUUAACAGGAACCUUAGGAUGGAGAUUAGGCAAAGAAUGGGAGAAAGCCUCACGGAUAUGGGAUAUGAACAGAUCGUUAAUCUUAUUGAAGACAUUGAUACUUCUUUGAGGCUUAUUCGAGAAAGGAAGUACAAGGUUAUUAGCAAUCAGAUUGAAACUGGCAGGAAAAAGUUGAGGAAUGUGGAAGAAAUACACAAGAACCUUAUGCUCGAAUUUGAUGCCAAAGAAGAUGAUCAGCAUUACAGAUUAGUCGGAAAUAACGGCAAUUAUGACUCGGUUCUUGGCUACCCCAACGGGGGUCCAUGCAUCGUCGCCUUGCGCCCCCCGCCGCCUAAUCAUUACAACCACCACCACCACCACAACCACAAUAAUCAUCAUUCCAACUUUCUUCAUCAAUGUGGAGGAGCUUCUGCAUCGGAUCUCAUCACAUUUCCUUUACUUGAGUAGGCUGUGUGUAAUGGUGUAAUAGGAUAAUUAUGUAUGAAUUUAUCUAGAGGCUAUGUAGCAGUCAUCCCUGUGUUGUCUUGAAGAUGGGGGAUUAUUUAUUAUAGCACUGAUUCGGGUCUGAAUUAAGGAUUCACAGUCUCAUAAG